AUGCAUGCCGUUGGGAAAGUUGUUCUGCCGUGGAUGCCUGUGUAUUUGACCGCAAUUUUCUGUCAAGAAGAUGUCAAGCACGCCGCCUUCUGUCAAGAAGACGGCGUGCUUUGUAUCUUCGCGCCUGCCAAUGACUACAUGCCAGAAUUAUUUGAACUCCGAAACUAUUCCAUCUCAAACCUGAGCGAUGCUCCGUAUCUUGUGGAAUUUCCGACCAUCCUUAGUGAAACAAAACCGCCGCCGCCUCCUCAAGUGACACCGAAACGUCGACGAGCUGCAAAGGAGGGCUCGAAGUGACAGAAAUAGUACGGAUGAUCGAUCUCGACGAUGUCUCAUGAAGCGUUUGUUGGGUUUUCUUUAUUUUGUGUUCAACGAUGAAUAGAUUUCGCGGAAAAGUAUUCGGCUUUCUUUGCGUCGACUUCCUCGCUCCCUUUCCCCCCUGGACGGAUGUGCUCCUCAGGUGACUAAGGUAGAAGCUAGAACGUGGGUUUUUGCUUUACGGUGCUUUUUAUUUUGGCUUUGUAAGAGAGGAAAUAGUUUUGUCGUUAUUUUUCCUUAAUUUUUUGUGGAAAUUUGCGUGUCUGUCAUCAAGUUGAAGUUAUGAUUGAGUUUCUUCUUAGUGUAUUGCGUAACGAGGCAGCGUUCAAUUCAAUGCGCUGUCGGGAUAUUGCGAGCGUAAUUUUGGCUUGAUUGGUUCAUACCGUGUGACCGAUAGUUUGAGAAGUAAUAUUCUUGACGUCUUUUCAGAGACUUGAGUCGCUAUAAAAGCAAAGAGGUCUGAUCCAUCAAUUUUGGAACUUCCCCAUUGAAGCGAAACGAAAAAUAGUGAGCGCGAUGUUGUCUCAUGAAUUCCUCACAAAUGUGUUUAAAUAUAACUUGUUUCAUUCUUAUAUCCAUGUUCUUCCAAUUUUUUUAGGAUUUCGAUCGAUUCCUAUACAGUAUUAUGAUUUGAUAAUUUUCUUUUUGUUCGAUUUCUUGGUAAAGGGAUGAUAAUUUUAUUUACUCCACAAACAUUAUUCGCCAAUGUGAUGCACAUGGAGUCGCCAACUUUUUUCCUAACACGCAGAAACUUUAUCGCGCUCUUACCUUGCUCUCUGUUCAAUUUGGGUCACCUGCACUUCUAAAAAAUAUAACCAAAUCUGUACCUUCAUUGUUCUUCCCCGUUUACGUCGUGUUUUUUUUUUUUGAGGUGUCAUUCUUCAUGACUCGUCCGGUUAUGUCGUGAAAAAAAAACAUCGCUGCCAAGUGCCUAGCCCAGCUGGAUAUUUAUUUUCUAAUUCAGUCCCUUGAUAUCCGAAGUCGCUUGUCGUGCGCCGUUAAGUCGCGUGAGUACAAGGGUGUGAUGCAUUUCUUAUGCCCGAUUCAAUGUUCAUGUUACCAAGCCGUUCCGUGUAUGAUGUUGGAUGUAUCAGCUCGUGUCUCCCCCUUCUCGUCGGUAUAAAUAUUUAUUCGUUGUCGGAUCACCAUCGUUUUACCAAAUGCGGACGUCCGAAAUUUAUCGGAUUGGAAUGAAAGCAAAACGCCAGACCUCGAGCUAAACAGUUUCUUGAAUCGUCUAAAGCUAAAUCGUGCCUUCACGGUUUUUCCUAAUUUGUUUUAUAAAUGUUUCGAGACUUGUUCAUCCAGAAAUUUUGAAAAUGCUUGGUGGUCCCUGAUAAUAAAUUUUUAUUUCAUAAAGUAAAACUCAGUGUUCCUGUAUUUGUCCGGGUGCUGAGUAUAGUUGACGUCGAGCUUCUUUUAGACUCGCUUUAGUUACGAAGAUAAGUUACUUUUUAACCGUGAUUUUCAUCGUAUGCCUUUUAGGAAUGAGUUGUCAGUUUCAUUUAUUACCUGUAGAUGUAGACACUGAUAGCUCUUGGAUGAUAUAAGUCCUAGGAAGGGGUUAAUUCUUCACGUCUAGUCGAUUGGAGUUGCCUGAAUCAGGAAGAAUCCGUGAUUUGCAUUCACAGUACUCCUGUCAAGUAUGUGCUGAGAUAUCGAGGUCCCUCGGCCUUCCCAUUACCGAGAGCAAACCUGACGAGGAAGCUUCCUGUCUAUCCCCUGCACAGUGUACUGUUUCAAUGACUGUCGUAACAAGUACAGUACAGAGUUAGGAAUAGCGUGAUGAAUGGUGGUUUGGUGAUGUCAGGCAAGCCUGGGAAAUGAAAACCCACUGGGGCUUGCUUCCCUGAGCAACGCUGCAAUUGCGUUAGUGAUUCUUUACGCUCACCCAAGAACGUGAUGUUAAUCCACUUGGUUGUUCAGUUGCCGCGCGAACUGAUGGGCAAACCCGCUCCCCCCCUCCACCCCAUUUUGCCGCCCCUCUCUUUCCGCCGGAUUUAUAUUUUUUUUGGGUUUGACGCACGCGUUGAAAUGAUCCACUGGCUUUUGGAUUCAGGCCGCGGCUGAGAAUGUACCUGGUUGCCUCAGCGACUUUUCUGUUGGACGCAUUGGAACUAUGGUAUUUCUGCAAAUGAGUUGAUCACCUCGAUCGGAAUCAAGAUCGACAGAUACGGUCAUGCCGUGAUUCUAAUUGUCACCGGGUAAAAGUUCCGAAAGCGUCGUGCGAACGCUGUAAUUGAGGCUGCUUUUUAUAAUUUCCUCAAAGGCAUGGCGGGUAGCUUCCAUUGUCCAGUGGACCAUUCCAUGGUGAAUGUGUAUCGAAGCCCUUGCGCGUUGAAAGACGGAUUCUGUUCCGAUUGCUUUAAAUUAUAUUUUGGUGGAGAACGUGUCGUAUUUUUAUUAUGAUGUUCUUAUGGAGGAGAUUUGGAUUGUGUAGAUUUUCGGCAAUUUAUUUUUGCGAGCUUCGGGCGGAAAAGGCACCCGGGUUUGAAUACCGUUCGAAGAAACCAUAGCAUUGACGGAUCCUGUCUACCCUAUGCGUGUUGAGUGUGGAUGCGAGACCCUUUUUCUUGGCAUUCGUGGUCCUUGCGCUCCCCGAGAGCGAUGGUAUUCAUCCCAAGUUCACGCAAUCCAUUCAAAAAAGCCGGAUGAAACAUCCCUGGGGCCCGUUGAGAACGUGGCGGUUGGCUGCGAGCCGAGUGGUGGUCAAGAGAUCCAAGUGGAGUUGUUCAAACUUUUUUUUUUGUAUUUUUUCUAUGUACCUGCUGUAAAACCUCGUUAUUUCCAUGGCUCUUGACUGUACAAUUAUUAUUGCAUGUAUGCUUCGGAUGUGUUUUGAAAUAUACCAUAUUGUUCACAGUUGAUUACUUCCGCAA